AUGGACUCCAGCUACUUUGCCGUCCAGAGAAGAGCUCUGGAAAUAGCUGGAUUCGAUCCCAGUACUCCGCAACUGAAUCUGCAACAUCCCAUUUGGGCCGGCAUACUCAUGCUGUCCCUGGUUUCCCACAACUGGCCCAUGGCAUUCUAUGCCCUGCAGGAUCUGUCCAACAUAACCCGCCUCACGGACAAUCUGGCGGUGAGUCUGCAAGGAGUUCAGAGUACCUUCAAGUUCCUGAUCAUAGUGUUGAAGCGAAGGCGCAUUGGGUCGCUGAUUCACCGCUUGCACAAGCUGAACGAGGCGGCCAGUGCCACGCCCAAGCACCUGGAGAAGAUCGAGCGGGAGAACCAACUGGAUAGGUACGUCUCCAGGUCGUUUAGAAAUGCCGCCUACGGAGUGGUUUGUGCCUCAGCCCUGGCGCCCAUGUUGCUUGGCCUGUGGGAAUAUGUGGAAACGGGUGUAUUUACCCCGACCACGCCCGUGGAUUUCAAUUUCUGGCUGGAUGAGCGAAAGGCCCAGUUCUAUUGGCCCAUCUACGCCUGGGGCGUACUGGGCGUGGCAGCUGCCGCCUGGUGGGCCAUUGCAACGGACACUCUGUUCUCCUGGCUGAUUCACAAUGUGGUGGCUCAGUACCAGCUGCUGGAGCUGGCUCUCGAAGAGAAGGAUCAGCAGAAUGGAGCAGACUGUCGCCUGGUUGAGUGUGUUCGUCGUCAUCGUAUAGCUCUUGAUUUGGCCAAGGAACUCAGUGCGAUUUUCGCGGAGAUCGUCUUCGUUAAGUACAUGCUCAGUUACCUGCAACUCUGCAUGCUGGCCUUUCGCUUUAGCCGAAGUGGCUGGAGUGCCCAACUGCCGUUUAGAGCCACCUUCCUGUUGGCCAUCAUCAUCCAAAUAAGCUCGUACUGCUAUGGCGGCGAAUAUCUCAAGCAGCAGAGCUUGGGAAUUGCGCACGCAGUUUAUGGCAACAGCAAUUGGCCAAAAAUGGCUCCCAGGCAAAGAAGACUCUGGCAAAUGGUGAUCAUGCGGGCCCAGCGCCCCGCAAGGAUUUUUGGCUUCAUGUUCGAUGUGGACCUGUCCCUGCUGCUCUGGGUCAUCAGAACGGCGGGCUCCUUUUUGGCCUUGCUAAGGACUUUUGAGCGUUCCCCAACUUAA